AUGUAUUACUAUCAGGACAGGGUUUCUGGCAACAGGACUCUGGUAACUGAAUUCAUCAUCCUGGGAUUUCCCCAUGUCAGGGAAGUCGAACUGCUUCUCUUUGCCAUCUUCAUGCUGAUGUAUGUGCUGACCUUCACCGAGAAUAUGGCCAUCAUCCUGGUCAUUGGUAUGGACUACCACCUUCAUACUCCGAUGUAUUUUUUUGUAAGCAACCUCUCCUUCCUGGAGAUUGGCUACACAACUGUGACAGUGCCAAAGAUGCUGGCCAACAUUGCCAUUCAGUCACAGACCAUCUCUGUCACUGGCUGUUUCACACAGAUGUACAUCUUCUUCUUCCUUGGCUCAGCUGAGUGCUUACUGCUGACUGCCAUGGCCUAUGACCGCUAUGUGGCCAUUUGCAAUCCACUGCAUUAUACCACCAUUAUGGAUCGGAAAGCUUGUUUACGGCUUGCUCUGGGGUCUUGGUUGGGUGGCUUCCUUGCCCCUGCUCUUCCCACCGCCUUCAUCUUCCGCCUGCCCUUCUGUGGUUCCAACAUCAUCAACCACUUCUUCUGUGACUCACCACCUCUGCUGGCGCUCUCAUGCCAGGACAUCUUUGAAAUCGAGGUCAUCAACUUUGUGGUGGGCACAAUAGUACUUUUGAGCUCCUUCAUCCUCACCAUGGUCUCCUACACCUUCAUUGUGGCCACCAUCUUGAGCAUACCCACAGCUGAAGGACGCAGCAAAGCCUUCUCUACCUGUGCCUCUCAUCUGACCAUUGUCACCAUCUUCUAUGGGACCACCAUCUUCAUGUACAUCCGCAUCAAGACCAUCCAGGCUUUUGAUUUCAACAAGGUUGUCUCUGUCUUUUACUCUGUGGUUACUCCAGUCCUGAACCCUGUCAUCUAUAGCCUAAGGAACAACGAUAUCAAGCAAGGCAUGAGGAAAGUACUUCUGAGGCAAAAGGACACUUUGUCCAAGUAA